UUUGAGCAUCGCCCAUCGAAAAAAAAAUCAAAGGAAAAAAUAUUUUUUAUCAAAUUUUCCGAAAAUUUUGUGCCAGAGAAUGUUUUUAAUCUAAGAAAGUCACAGAAGUAUUUCCGCAAAAAUGUUUUUUCCUUAUAAAUUUUACCUGAUCUCCGUACUUUUGCUAGUCACUUCUGUCUUCGUGAUUGACGGCUCAAAGGUGAAUGCUGAUGUUUUGGAGCUCAGUGACAAGAUAAUCGAUGUGCAUCACGAAGGCAAAGGAUUGUGGUUCGUCAUGUUUUAUGCCCCAUGGUGCUCUUACUGCAAGCGUUUGGAGCCGAUUUGGAGUCAUGUCGCCCAAACGUUGCACAGCACGAACAUCCGCGUUGGACGACUCGAUUGCACGCGCUUCACAAAUGUCCAAAAACACUUUGAAAUCACGGGAUAUCCGACAAUAAUGUUCCUCAAAUACGGACAAGAGUUUGUUUAUUCGGGCGAACGAUCGAAAGACGACUUGCUGCAUUUCGUGAUGCGACUUUCGGGACCUCCGGUGCAAGCGGUGAAACUUCCCGACGCUUUAGACACCAUCAAAGCCACGAAUCCCGUGUGGUUUGCCUUCAUUGGACAACAAGAAAACCAUUUGUGGACCUCAUACAACUCGAUUGCGGAGAAAUUUCAAGCACAUUCCUAUUUUUACUCGAUUCCGCUCGACAUCGCAAGUCGUCAUCUCUCCAUUGACAGCGAACCAGCCAUUAUCGUACACAAAGAUCGAAGUAUCACGCAUUUUCCGAUGGCUUCGGACUUUGAAUCUGUUGAUCCGGAUCAUCUCAACGAAACCUUGCAUCAAUGGAUCAACGAAGAACGUUUCCAAACAUUCCCGAAAGUGACGCGAAAUAAUUUGCAUCAUAUUGUGCAGACAGGAAAAUAUCUUGCGCUCGUCGUUGUCGAAGAAAAUAAACUUUUGGAAGUUGCGACACACGAAUUGGAGUUCAAAGAUAUGGUCGAAGAGUUUGUUUUCAAGAAUAAACACAAAUUUCACAAAAGAUUCCAAUUUGGAUGGACCGGAAAUCCAGAUUUAUCGCAUUCGUUAGCUUCGAAAUUCAUAUCGACGCCUCAUUUGAUCGUCCUGAAUGCAACUACGAAUGAGCAUCAUUUGCCGGAUGAUGAUCCGUUGCAGUUGACACACGAAGCAAUUGAUAGUUUUCUUGAAAGUAUUCACAAUUGUACUGCUACGGCUUAUGGCGGCAAUGGUCUCAUGACACGCGUUUAUCGUGCCUAUUUCGAGGCAAAGAAGAGCUUGCAGGAAAUGUGGCGCGGAAAUCCCGUCUUAACAUGCCUCAUAUUCGGUCUUCCAAUGGGCUUUUUCUCGCUGAUCGUGUAUUCGAUAUUCUGCGCCGACAUCCUGGAUGCCGAAGAGGAAACCGAAGAAACUCACGAAAAGAAGGAAUAAACGUUCCCCCCUCUUGAAAUUUAGCCAAAUUCAGUUGAACAAAUCGACGUUAUUUAUUAUUUUACGUAAAAUUAGUGAAAAAUUUUUGAAUGGAGCAUUACUUAGUAAAUUGUGUGACGAUUUUAUUAUUAUUUAAAAAUUAAAAAAAAAUGAAAGAAAGCGAAAGCCGGUAUGCGAGAGAAAUUUCAAACAAUAAAAAUGAGUAAAUUUGACUUCAAAUCGUCGUUCUGACAUCCUCGAGGAUCGUUAAAUCCCGUAAUCAUCGUCGUCAUCGGAGUCGAUUUGGGCACGUCUUCUAUCGAAUUUCACCAUACUUUCGCUUUUGGGCAUUUGUUUGUUCAAA